GAGCAGGUGAGGUGGUUAGAGCUGAGUGAAAGUGAAAUGCAAAAAAAAAAGCUAGUUUUUAAGAAGCAAUGAUCCAAACAAACCCCCAAAGUCCAAACCCCCAGCCAUUUCUCCCUGUAGCCACAAGCUUGGUUCUCUAAUCUCUUCCCAUUCCACACUUUUUCCUGGGGGGAAAAAGGCAUCUUUCCUGGAAAGCAGAGGCAAACAGCUGCCACAUUGCUAUGGCGAAACCCUUUCUUCUUCUUCUCCAUCUUCAUUUCCUUUUCCUUUAUGCACUAUUACUCCUUGUUCCCACACGGUCCCAGCAGCUCAGUGUCGACUACUACCAGAAAUCAUGCCCGAGAUUCAACCAGAUCAUGCAAGACGCCAUCACCGACAAGCAGAUCAAAUCUCCAACCACUGCGCCGGGCACCCUCCGGCUCUACUUCCACGACUGUUUCAUGGGCGGCUGCGACGCCUCCGUCCUGCUCUCCUCCACCCCCUUCAACAAGGCCGAGCGCGACGCCGACAUUAACCUCUCCCUCCCCGGCGAUGGCUUCGACCUCGUCGUCCGCGCCAAGACCGCUCUCGAGCUCGCCUGCCCCGGCGUCGUCUCAUGCGCCGACAUCCUAGCCGUCGCCGCCCGCGAUCUCGUCACCAUGGUCGGCGGCCCUUACUACGAUGUCAAGCUCGGCCGGAAAGACGGGUUGGUCUCUAAAGCCGCCCUCGUCGAAGGCAACCUUCCCAGACCCACAAUGUCGGUCACCGGACUCAUCAAGCUUUUCGCGGCCAAGGGCUUUACCGUCCGGGAAAUGGUGGCCCUGGCCGGCGCUCAUACGAUAGGGUUUUCGCACUGCAAGGAAUUCAGCCGAAACAUCUACAAUUACAGCCGGAACUCGGCCUCCGACCCGAGCUACAAUCCCCGAUACGCCAGCGGGUUGAGACAAGCGUGCGCUGAUUACCAGAAGAAUCCGACACUGUCGGUGUUCAACGACAUUAUGACGCCCAACAAGUUCGACAACAUGUAUUUCCAGAACUUGCCAAAGGGGCUGGGGCUCUUGGCGACGGAUCGGGCCCUGUUCUCGGAUCCGAGGACGAGGCGCUAUGUGGAGGAGUUCUCAGGCAAUCAGAGCGCGUUCUUUGAGGCGUUUGGUCGAGCCAUGGAGAAGCUAAGCUUGUACGGGGUGAAGAUUGGGCGAGCUGGAGAGAUCAGGCGCAGAUGUGAUGCUACGAAUUGAAUCCUUCAAUGGGUUGAUUAUGAUGAUGGAUGAGUCGAUGGAUGGGAUCCUUUGAAUCUUUGGUUUGUUUUUUUUUUUAAUUAUAAGUUUAUUAUUAUAAGUUGUAUACAAAAUUUCCAUCAAAGUUGAAAAAUUGAAGCUUUAUCAAAAUAUAUUCAUACUGAUUUCUUAUGGAGCCA